UUCAGUUGGAGUAUACCUCAUGCUUAAUUCUUGACUUUUCCAGAUUUUGUUGUCACAUUUUCAUAAACCGUUUUUUAUAUCCUCCUAGGCUGUUGAUCUCAUAGGCUUUAUCAGAUUUAGGGGAUAAAUGGCCACAAACCAAAAAACUCCUUUCGACAAAAUGUCUGUUGCUAAGCUGGAGCAUACUUUGGCUGGAACGAAGAAGCUUCUUGCUGAUCGACGCAUUCUUGAAGGUCUACCGGACGAUGGAUUUCAGCUGCGCAAGAAUGUUGCAGCCAUUGAAUCUCUUCUUAAUAAGCAUCGGAUGGAAAAUUCAUCUGCUAAAGCUAAAUCUUCGAAAUCCCUGCUGGAUUCUUCGCGAAUGGAUGCCAGCGGCGGUAUGGAAACUCUAUCUGCCAAGUCUCUUCGGCAGACCGCUGCCCAUUUUCGAGUUCUCGCAUCGCCAAAAGAGAAAUCCCUGGUGCCAGGUGAAAACGAUCUGAACGAUGUGGACAGUGUGACGGAAGCGUUUUCCCGUCUUCAUCCGGAUUUUUCGCAGUCUGUAACGGAGGAUCAUGCCAGGGAGAACAAUCAAGCGCCGAAAUCCUUACCCAUUCCGCACGCAUCGUCUUCCAUCCAUGGAAAUAGUUUGGCCCGUCCAAAGGUUUCGCUGGUGCCAUGUGACGAUGGAUCUGACAUCACAGUAGUAAAAAAUCCAGCGGAUAAUGCGCAGAAGGAUGACAGUCGCGAUAUCGUUACAAGCCGCGCUAAACCUGCAUCGUUUAGGAGUACCCCGAAGAAUCUCAAAGGAAGCACCGUUGGGGAAGGACAGCCAAAAACUCCAAGCACGGCCGCCAAGUCGAAAAUUGCCCUUCUUUCCAUGGAAGAAGUUAUGGUUUUGGUUGAAAGAGACCGUAAAGCGCAACAGGAACUUCUUGCUCGCGUGCAAGCCGCGAAUCCCCAUUUACGUCAUGGUGCGGAAUCCGAGCGUUUAAUGCAGUCUCGGGCGGUGCAGUUCCUUCAGUAUCGUGAUCAAGAGGAUGAUAAAUUAAGCGAUGACGAGCAAGAGGAAAUGGAUAACGAAAGUGAUGAUAUUCUAACAGAUGAAGAAGAGGAGGAAUAACGUUUGGGAUCGCUCUUUCCUAGCAUAAGGGAGUGUGAUCGUGUGUUGCGGGUCAUUUAAUGGAUUUGUUGAUUGUGUGGUGUUUCGAAAGUUUUGUGUUACAUACACUGAUGAUUAAGCCAUUGAAUUGAUCAGUAACAUACCACCACAAUAUACAGCAUAUUUGGUUUCGGCUUUUUUCAAACUGUAGCAGUAACUGGUUUCAGAAUUGUAUGCAUUAAAAGCUGACGAAACUAAACGGAUAACAAAGUGUGCAU